AUGGCGUCACAAAAGACCAAAGAUGAUAAUAUGAAUCGCACGUUGGCGACGAUCCAAAGCAAGAAGAGUAAUAAGAAUCAACCCACAGCGAAGCAAGUAGCAGCAGACGAAGAAGGACAUAUGUCAAGUACCGUAUCCAUGAGGUACUGGCAACAGCGGGUCCCAAAAGUCAUGUCAAAGCGACCACGGACGACAAAUUUCCGAAAAAACCGCCGCCGGCCAACUUUGGUGUGUUGAAGGCUAAAUAUUUGAAUAUUCGACCGAAUCCGCGCUACGCCAUCUGGCCUGGUAAGAAGAAGGGCGAGGUGGUGUAUGAGGCUAGGUAGGUUGUUGGCAUUUUGGGUUUUUUGUUGGGUGGAGUAGGGAAGAAGGUAUGAGGAGGUGAAAUAUAUGUUAAGGGUAAGGUAGGGUAGGAUAAGGUACGGUAGAGUACGAUGUAGUAGGGUAAGGUGCGUUAGGCCUACGCUUUUAUAUGUAUUGUUACAGAGCUCGUCGUACAAAGCCAAUGGAAACGAAAGCUACGGAUCACUCCACAAUGUCAUCGUCAUUCAGUCGAAGUGUCAGUUCGAAGAAGGCAUCGGCCAAGGAUAGUAAAGAUAAGAAAGAUGUAAGCCUAAGUUUAUUGAUUUUAGGCCGGGCGGGUAUGAGGCGGGGGGGGGGAGGGGGAAGGAUUUUUUCAUUUUUAAAAAGUUUUUUUUAAUUCAGAACUAGAGUUACCGUAAAACUUGAAAAAAAAAUUUUAUUAUUAUAGUUACUCUCCCUCCCCCCCCCUUUCCCCAAAAUUUUUUACCCCGCCCAAAUUUUUUUCCGAUUUAGCAUUUCCUGCCCUUCUUUCACUUACUCCUAGACGCAAAUUACUAACUUAAUUUCAGAACAACCAAAAGAGUGUCAUGGCCAACGUCCUCGACAACGACGUGCUGGAGACGUUGAACUGCGAAGACGAGGAAGAAACCGAGAAGCGGAAGGGCGGCCAUCGUAGCGACAAUCCACUGGAGAAUGGAGUGCCAUUUUGGAUGAUAGGCUCGCCGCGGGAUCAAGACGAACUCACCGACGAUGAUCUACUCAUCGACAUGGUCCUGCUGGAAGAGGUGUGUAACAAGACACGAAUGUUAAAGGAUCCCUUCCCUGCCCGAGACAAGUUAUAUCCAUUCGCCACGGUCGACCAGUUGAAACGAAACGACCACUACUUUGACAAGGAAAUGUUGCUCAGCAUCACGUCAAUAACAUAUUAUAGUAAGGUUUGGGUGUUUGACUUGGUUUAGAGUUUUAGGCUUAGGAGACAGCUUUAGGCUUAUUUUUGGCUUGGCAAAGAACCCUAGGCUUAGCAGAGACUCUUAGGCUUAGAAGAAAGUUUUAGGCUUAUUUUCGGCUUGGCAAAGAACCUUGGGCUUAGAAGAGAAUUUUAGGCUUAGUAGAGAAUUUUAAGCUUAACAGAGAAUUUUAGGCUAAAAAUUUGAUUUUCAGUUGCCAAGACAGCAAACACGACAAAGAUGCGAAGCGACGAAUGA